UAACCUCACAUCUUACCCGUAAACAACUAACCUGUGAAGCUAAAAAUCAGCCCCAAACAUGAUGAAAUCCCUCAAACCGUCGCAGCUACGCGGCUCCAGCCGCAUAAAAGAAGGCGACAAACGCAGAGUGAUUGACGAAACUCAACGACGGCGUCGCCACAGGAAAAUCAUGGAGCUCCUGGAGUCCGACAACUACCAAGACGAUCCCCACGCCGACCUAGUAAUGAGCAAGAAGGUGCCCAAAUUCGAAGACAACUUGGAGCAGAGAUCGACUAGGACGAAGAAGAGGGAGCGCACGGCCGAGUAUUACCAAACCAAGUUUCGGAAGAACUUUCAGCAACUUGUGGACGAAGACCGCGUGGAAGCCGAGAUGACGGGUCGGGUGUCUUACAUAGACGUAGCUUCAGAGGAGUCAAGUUUGCCUCCGAGGCACUUUUGUGCCGUUUGUGGGUACUUUGGACACUACUCGUGUGUGGCGUGUGGGAUGAGGUACUGUAGUAUUAAGUGUAUGGAGACCCAUAUGGACACUAGGUGCCUCAAAUGGACAGCGUAAUUGUAUUGGUGAAUUAAAGUGUAAAUAAUAUUCA